AUAUGACUUUAUAUUUUUGUUUUUGGAGAGAAAGUGUGCUAUUUUUUGCUUAAUUAUUGUGUCAAAACUUUUUAAUGUUCAUAUAAUUGUUGAGGUGUUUCGCCAAAUUUGUUGAGCAAUUGUUGUCAUAAACCUAAACAAAAUCAUAUCAUUUAAACAAAGACAAUGACAACAUUUAAGACUAAAAAUCAAGCGAAGCGUAAAUACUACUAUAUUGCCGGUGUUUUAGUGAUAUUAUUGGUUAUCGUGAGUCUGGCGUUCAAUAGUUUUAAUAAUGAUAAAAGUGAUCAAAAUAUUACCGACGGUGUCGUCAACAGGUCAGGCGGUGGGCCCGCAGCUCAUAGAAGUGAAGCCAAAAUUGCGGUAAAAGAGGGACCGAAAGAGUAUGUGACGAUUGAGACCGAGUCGGGAGCUAUUAGAGGCCAAAAAUUAGUGUUUAAUAACAAAAGUGUCAACACGUUUCUGGCCAUUCCGUACGGUAAACCACCCAUCGGUGCCCUGAGAUUUGAGAGGACACAACCAAUUGGCAAAUGGGAUGAAACUCGCGAUGCACUUCAACACCCGGCCUCUUGUCUUCAGACUGAUUCACCACUGGUUUUAUCGGCCUUUCGUUUUUUGAAUGCCACGGCCAGUGAGGACUGUCUGUAUCUGAACAUAUGGGCGCCCAAACAGGAGGAACAGUUUCUGCCGGUCAUUGUCUAUAUACACGGCGGCGCUUUUGCGUACGGAGGUGUGGCCACCGAGGAGUUAGAUGGUGUGGCGUUAGCCGCACAACAAGAUGUCGUUGUGGUGACCAUUCAGUACCGAUUGGGUAUAUUCGGGUUUAUGGCUAUUGAUGGAAAGGAACCGAAAGGAAAUAUGGGUUUAUAUGAUCAGAGAGAAGCACUCAAAUGGAUUCAUACAAAUAUUAACAAAUUUGGCGGCGAUCAGGACCUGAUUACUGUUGUUGGUCACGGAUCCGGCGCCGUCUCAGCCGGUCUUCAUAUGAUGACAUCAGAGAGCAAAUUCUUGUUUCAGCGAACUAUUCUUCAGGGAUUUGGUUUACUGUUUAACAGAGAACUAUAUUCGCAAACAUUGAAGUUUUCCAAGAAGUUUGCCGAAGAGAUUGAUUGCGCCGAUGCGCCCAAACUUAAGGAGUGUAUCAAAACAAUUAAUAUCGACCGACUUCUUGAGAUACAACAGGAGAUACUCGAAGACAAUCCCGUGGCUUUUGGACCACUAAUACCAUCAGAUUUUGUGGCCACAUAUCCGAUGGAUACUAAAGAAGCGUUUGAUUUUCAAAUAGAUUUUAUUUUUGGAAUCAAUUCUGAAGAUGACUCUUUGUUUUUGACUACUUUGAGAAAUGCAGAGGAAGCUGCCAACGAUGGCAAUGGAGAAGAUAGUAGUGAUAAUAAAAGUGAAAGAAAAGCAAAGGCUAAUGAUAAAGAAGAUGAAACUGAAGAGAAAACAUCAGAUGAAGAAGAAGGAGAGGAAAGUGAUUCAGAAAGUGAUGGAAACAGUGAAGUUGAAAAAGAAGAAUCAGUUCCAGUUGAAAGACCAACAUCUAAACCCAUAUUAACAAUUACAUCGACGGCGACUUCGAGUACAACAAAUGAAACACCAAUUCCGUCAACAACAACAACAAGUACCACAACAUCCACAACAACCACCACCACUACAACAGCUGCUCCUAUAACUACCACUACCCCUACAACUACUUCUCCUACGACGACUACAACAACAACUGCUUCUCCUACGACGACAACAACAACUACUUCUACUACACCCAUGAGUACCACAACUACAUCAGAGCCAACAACGACUACAGAAAAACCACUUUCAUCUUCCACUGAGAGCUCAACUUUGGAAAAAACUACAGAAAAGGAAGAAGUAGAAGUAAAAGAAGAUAAAGAAGAAAAAGAAGAAAAAGACGAGACAGAAAAAGAAGAGAAGGAAGGGUCGGGUGAAGAAGCAGAGACAGAGCCCGAGGGUGGAGAUGAAGAGUCAGGUGAUGAAACUGAAGAAAAGCGAAGGCGAAGAAAAAGAGAAACCGACGAAAUGUCGUCUCGAGUGUUGUGUCCAAUGUUGAGRUUUGCUGACCAGUUGGUCGACAGUAACCGAACCGUAUAUAUCUAUGAGUUAAACGAGUUUUCCUCCCAUCACGACGAGAUUGUCUUUGCAUUGGGAUAUCCAAUCAGACAUAAGAAUCUGUACGACUCGGAUGAGAUCAGAUACAGCAAAAGAGUUAUGAAAAAUUGGGCCCAAUUUGCCACAAAUGGUGAUUUAUCGGAAACGGAUGAUCAAUGGAAAAGCUAUAGUAAAGAGAGUCCACAGUUCCUAAAGAUGUCGAUAUCAAGUGCAACGUUAGAGACGUUUAAUAAUAAUAAUAAUUGUAAACCAACUGUAAAGUCACAGUAA